UAAGUCGCUAGUCCUACACUUGAAAUAUGAGUUCGUCGGCUCAGUAGAUGAGUUGAGUCGAGCGCUCUACCUGCAUAGCAGCUCUCUCGAGAACCUUGUCGUUGAUCUUACUGAUUAUUCUGAAAUGCUGGCUAUCGGCAGCUUGAAACAACUCCGCCAUCUCAAAGCUUUAUCCAUCGCUGGACAGCUCAUCACCGGCCAUGCCAGCGAGAGACCGCAACAACCAGACCCGGACACUAUGUUGCCAGCAUCCUUGGAGGUUCUGACAAUCAAUUCCAGUUCUGAAGGAGAUAGUGCCUUCGAGCAGCUUUUUACUAGGCUUCCUGCUUUGCACCAUGGGGAAAAACCAUCUCUCCCGAGUCUUAGGCAUGUGAAGCUGCGUGCAUGGAAACGCAGAGAAUUAUACAUAUCUACUCACUUCCUGGAUCAGCUGCGUCCGGUCUUUGUGCGAUCGAACAUUACGCUUCUUGGCCCUAAGAAGACGAAUGAGCAUUAUGGAGUGACAGCGAAGCCAGGCGGUUACAUAGAAAUUUAGUUUCUAAAAGCAAAGCAAUUGAUACAGAAUCCGCCAGUAGAGUUCACUGAUCAUAAA